UAGGAUAUACACAUUCUGCAUAUCUCUGACAACAUGGUUCCAAUCCCACAAAAUUGUUAUCCAAUUGCAAUACACAACAAAAAUUGUAGGAAACAAUCAAAUGACAAAGAAGAAAUUAAGAACCUUCUUCAUGGGCAUGUAUUAAAAAAAAAAAAAGUGGCAUAAAGAAAAUGCAAAUAAAGGAACUACAAAUUCCAAUACAUGCCCAAAAUGAAUAAUAAUAACUAAGUUGAUUAUAGUGAUCUUGCUUAGUGUACUGUGCACCCAUACAAUGAUACAAUUAAUGGACCAACCCACUGGAGAACCAUCAAGCCAGAACCCCAUCCAAUUAGCAAUACUUUCAGUAUGUCAAUCAUUAGAAGAAUUAGGCCAACCAUCUUGAGAAAUAUCUGUUGCAAACUCUUGUGCUCACCUCAUAUGCUGCACUAAUUUCCUUAAACUUUUCGGUAGCUCCAGGUUCCUUGUUCACAUCAGGAUGGUACUUCAAAAUUAAAAGAAAGAUUAGAUGAUAGU